GUGGCCAGAAGUUACUGCCUCCUGCUCUCUCUACUUGUAUUAACAAGCUCCACUUCCGGAAAUCCUUUAUCCAGGGGUGACGGAUCUGAGUCUAAGAAGGUAAGCUCUUCCUUUACUUUGCAUUAUAUUUCCUGCUCCCUCCCCUCUUCUUUUCUUUCAUUUAGGAACCUUCUGGAUUUGGAUAUGGUCUCUUCUUAAUAAUAAUAAUAAUAAUAACAUUAAUAAUAGUACAUGUAAUCAUAAAAUCACACUAACCAUUAAGUUCCUAUAGCGGGGUUUUGCUGCAUUUUCAAAAAAAGACCAUUGAAAGAUGUAUUCUCAGAUAAGAGCAAAAAGAACUGCGUUACAAUUUGAACUGGCUGUUCGUCACCCUCAUUCACCUGAACUACUGUACUGACAUUUUAAUUCUUGCUUGUCUAACGCAGGUCGUGGAUUUUAAUAUUCACGUUACUGAAUCGGGAGAAGAGUACAACGAAACGAUUGAAGUGGAUACACAGAAGCAAACAGAGGUGUUUAAAGUUCCUGCUCACCCCGGUGUGGAUCGCAGUGAUAUCAUGCAUGACUUUAAACAGGUAAUUAUAAGCUUCACAACAUUGUUGGAUGUUACAUGUUGCGUCAGUUUGCACACCCUGUUGCAUGUUGUUGCGCGUUGUUACAGAAAGUUUGACACCGGUGAAACUUUUAGCGGAGCUCUAGCGCGCGCAGCGGGGAACCGUGGGGAAGAAAAUCUGGUUACUAUGCAUCCAAGAAAUUUUUGUUCUGACAAAACGCACUUACGUUCAUCCCUUCAUGUAAUCUGGUCCGGUCGUGAGCGUUUAGAUUUCAUUUCCUGCGCUAAUGGCACAUAGAAUCGAUAAUGAAAAGAGAAAUUAGUUCACCAGUUAAUUUUUCUACUUAUCUUUGAUAAAUUGUUUUUUUUUUUUAUACUUUUUUUUCUUCCUUUUUUUCUGAAUCUUCUUUGCAGAAUUUAACAAUGUUGGAAAUUCCGGACAAAGGGUUUUGCAUUUUAUUGCCUCUUCCAAAAGAUUUGCUUGCCCCGAAUAAACCCAUUGGAGAUCUUAAAAAAGCCCCCCGGGCCAGAAAAUAAUUUUUUUCAAUUCUACUUUUCUUUUCCUUUCAAGAAAGCUCCCUAAUUUUCAUACUCUUUUUCUGAAUCUUACUUGCAGAAAUUAACCAUGAUGAGAAUUCCGGACAAAGGGAUUUGCUAUCUGAUGCCUCUUCCAAAAGAUUUGUCUGCCCCAGAUAAACUCAUUGGAGAUCUUGAAAAAGCCUCCCAGGUCAGAAAAUUAUUUAUUUCCAUGUCUACUCUCUGUUCCUCUCAAGAAAGCGUCCUUAAGCUUAAAAGGGACAAAGUCAGCUGAUGCAUAUGCGCAUUAAAUACUAUUUCUUACCUCAUUUGCUAGCGCUUAAUACAAGAUGCGCGAUUCAUGCUGUUUUUAACAUAAAAACAUUCAUAGGAUGAGCAUAUCACUAUUGAAUGACAAUGUGAACUGCGAAAAUUCAAAUUUAAAUGAAGAUAUGAUCAUCGCAGUGGCAAUUGCAAUUUAAGCAAUUGCAAAUCAGUAAAAAUUAAUUUGCAACUGCAUGCUUAAAUUGCAAUUCUUACCACUGCGACGAUCAUAUCUUUAUUUAAAUAUUUGUGUUUCCGCACUGAGUUCACAUCAUCAUUCUAUGUUUCAUUUCUUUUCACGGGUUAAGAUGAACUCAAGAAACUGGCCUGCUCUUUAUGCAUGGGUCUUCAUAGCUCAAUUAGUAUAGCACUGCAGCGCCAAUGCGGAGGCCAUGGGUUCAAAUCCCGUUGAAGUCCCGAAAAUGUUUUCGGGUUUAUUUGCAAUUGCUUAAAUUGCAAUUACCACUGCAACGAUCAUAUCUUCAUUUAAAUUUGUAUUAUUAACUUUACUGACUUAAGACUUCUGACCUCCACGAUACAUGUAGCCGGACAUUAACUUAACGAUCAUUCAAUCCACCAGGGAGUUAUCGACAAGGGAAAGCGUAUUGACAGCACAUGGAUGGUGAAUGGAGAACUCACUGAGCGUUCAUUUCUCAGCGACGAUCUACAGCAAUUUUGCACUGACUUUCCAAUAUACCUAUUGAAAGAGUCACGAGACUCUUUGGCAGUCAUCGGCAUCCAAGAAGCGGGUAAGAACCUAAAACUCUAGUCCUAGAGACAUGCAUGCGCGUCGCGCGAGCAUACCGUUGUUGUGCUAGUCUUCCGCGCCUCUUACCCCACGAGGAACUAGUAAUUAAUCCAUGGCGAUUCUCAGGGUAAGUUUACAUGGAGGUGGGGGGCCCCAAGGUAGGUGAGGUAACCCACUUAGGUGCAUGGGGUAAACCUGCCUGUCCAUAUAAUCAUUUUAAUUUGAGAACGUUUGCAUGAUAGGCGGGGUGACCAUAUGAGAGAUUAUAUGGACAGGCGGGUUACCCCAUCUAAGCAGGUCACCUUAACUACCUCGGCUCUCCCAAUUCCAUGUAAACACUGAAGCCUUUAAUGGCUGAACGCCUGACCCGAAGUAUUUUAUCCUAUCCAGUUUAUUGACUCACCAAUUUAUUCGGUACAGUUGUAAUAUUUUUGAAGUUAUCAGGUUUGUAGCGUAAAGGGGCUGUGACACGGCUUCAAAGUUAAAGUUGCUAAUAUUGCAAAUUACGCUUUCUUAUGGGCUACUGAGCUUAACGUUGGCGAAGAAACAACUUGUAAAUGACAAAAACAUAGCUUUUUUCCCAAAAUAUGCCUCUCAAGCAUUAUAUUAAACGUUACAAACAACAACAAAAAACUUUGAAAAACUGUUAGGCUAAAAAGUUUUGAAAGACCCAUAAUUUCACUCCUUUUCAAUCUUCUUCAACUUUAUCUAUCCGCGUCCACUUCUAUAUUUGCUGUGUUAUUCAUACUUUCUUUUAAUGCUUUGAUCUUUUGUUUUAUGUUUCACUCCAUGUGGCGACAAUUCGUAAAAAUAUUUACGCGACACAGCUCUAAACACAGCUCCACACAAUAUCAAAAAAGAUUUUUUUUUUCUUUCGCAGAAAUUCCAAACCGACUGCGGAGACAAGCUAUACCCUACGUAGGCAAAAUAUGCGAUGGCGGCAUGGACUACGACACAGCUCUUCGUUAUUGUGACAAACCAGAUUUGAAAUGCAAAGUGGCCACCAGAACGUGCUACAAGUGGGUGACAUGU